UACUUAAAUAUUGGAAUGAAAACUGAAACAAUACAUCAAGUUUAUGCAAUAACUGACUUUUUAAGUUAUUUAAAAAUUUGGGAAGCUAAAGCAAAUGAGGAGAAAGAACUUAAUAAAAAGAAUAAGAGAAAGAAGAAGAAACAAAAAGAGAAUAAUGAAAGUGACGAAAAUGAAAAAUUUUUCUUUGCCAUUACUCUCAGUACACUAAAUGGAUUAAAAAUUACGUUGCAAUCGACUCUUGAGUUGAGUGAAUUUCUGCAAAGAGAGUGCAACUUUGAUUAUUUAAUGAUGUCACGCCCAAACCAGGACCAAUUAGAAAAAUUCUUUGGCAUAAUGCGAAGUGUUUGUCGGUGCAAUGACCACCCUGAUACCAUUCUUUUCGGGCAAGUUUUUCGUCUAUUAUGUUCCUACUCAUUGGUCACCCCACCGAAAGGGUCCAACGUUACUGCUGGCGAGCUUCUUCAAUCUUUGAUGCAGACAAAAGAAUCUUUUGCUGCUGCAAAUACGUUGAAAAAAAAUAGGCUUGCAGAUAUUGAUGCUGUAAUUGAAAAUGGGAUUGUUAACAACGAAGCUUCAUUUCCCGGAGAUAUCAAUGGUAAUACUGCCCUUCAAAAGGUUUCUGUUGCUAAAACACCUUUCGAGAGUGUGCUUGACGAAGAUAGUGAUGAAGAAGCUGUGGACAAUGGUUGUUCUUUUGUUAGAAAACCAUUUGAAAGUAUUUUAGAUGAAGACAGUGAUUGUGAUGUUGAUGAAAAUGAACAUUCACAUCAGGAUUAUUACGACCCGUUUAAUGAUUUAUUGGACAUGGAAAAUUCUAAUGGUAACUCUUUAGAUGAGUGCCAAGAGAACACUGAUCGUAGUCAAGAUGAAGAAGAAGAAGAUCCCGAUUUUCGUGAUGAUCCACAUUAUCAUCAUGAUUAUGAUGUUGUUUCCACAAGUGAUGAUGUAGUAGCUUACAUCGCUGGAUAUAUGGCGCGAAAAGUUCAACGAUUAUCCCCGUGUUGUGACUGCAUCGAAACCUUACGCUCGGAUAAUCCUUCUCAACGUGACGAAGUCAUAGAAUUAAUGAGCAAUGGUGAAUUGACAUUUCCUAGUGAUGAUCUUUUUAAAGUAAUAAGAAAACUCGAGAAAAUCGUUCUAACUGUUGUCGGUACUAAAACAGUGAAUAUAAAUACCAUGCAUAAAAUUUUAGAGAGAGUAGCUAAAGCUAAGUAUUUACCUAUUUUAGGCUGUGAUACUCAUAAAAAAAAACUUAUGGCUAAGAUUUUAAAUAAUUUUAUAGUGAUGCGCGGAAAUUUUCUAGUUAAUCUAAUUAAUCGGACUCUAAAUGAGCGAAAAAACAUGACAAAAAAACAUCGCAAAAAUUGCAAAUUGUCUUAAAUAAUAAUAAUCUUUAUUAUAUAUAACAACUAUAACUUUAAUUUUUUUACUGGAUUUAUGUCUUAAAAGAAUAAGUGUUUACUGUUUCUAGUCUUGUAAAAUUCCAAUUAUAAAACUAAUAAAUUAUUUCUCAAUAUAAAUUGAA